AUGUCAGCAAUAAUUUCAUUAUCAAAUUUAACAACAGAAAAAACUUUUCGAAGAUUAUUAUUAUCAACUGAAAAACUUUCCGAAGAAAAAUCUAUUGAAGAUUGGAAACUUAAUCAAUUUGUUAAAGCAUUAACAGAUAUGUUAAAUGAUAUGCGUAAAUCAAUGAAUCGACCAAGUUCAAAACAACUUGAUGAAUAUAAACGAAGAAUUGAUAUGCUUCGUGAAAAUAUUGAUUCAACUAAAUUAGAAGAUCAAACAUUUCCUCGGCAAGUUAUUCAACAAAUACCAACAGAUAUACCUGUUAAAGAACAACAAACUGAAGUUACAACUACAUCAAUAUCUUCAACUGAAAUAGAAAAAACUCUUAGUACAUCAAAUAAAUCUGAUCGUCAACAUUCAAAUCGACAACAACAACAUAUACAAUCUGAAGAAGAUAAACAAGAUGAAAUAGCUACAUCAAUGAGAAUAACAACUAAAAGUCUUUUAAAUAAUGCAAAACUUCUUCAUGAUGUUGUUAAAAGUGAUCAAAAAAAACUAACUGAAGCAGAAAAUUUAAUUGAUAUUAAUACAGCUAAACUCAAUAUUCAAAGUAAACGUUUAAAACAUAAUGCAUAUAAUGUAUCUAAUUGUUGGAUAUAUUUAAUGCUUAUUAUUGUUAUUAUUACAUUUAUUUAUUUAACAUUAUUUAUGCGAAUGUUUCGUAAACGAAUAAGAACAAUAACACAUUCAAAUAUUGGAUCGAAAUCAAGUUUAAUAAAUCUUUCGAAUAAUCAAACAACAAUCAAUAUUACAAAUGUAACAACAACAACAAAAUCUACGGAUUAUAUAAGUUUAUUGUUAAAUUAUGCGAACGAAAAUCAUACAGAUUUAUAA